CAUGAAUAUGCCAUAUUUUAAGCCUCGCUCUUAAGCUAGUUAAAAUUCUUUUGUUAAACAAUACCAAGACUUUUUAUAAAAGAAUAGAAAGAAUACUACUUCUAUUUUAGAACCAAAAAAACAUUAACCAAAAUAAUCAUAUUCUCCGCUCUUUAAAUAACCAAAAUUAAGUCAUUCAAAACUUAAGAAUCUAAGAUUGUAAACUAGUCCAAGUCCAAAAAGAGCACAUUGUUAUUCAUUAAGUAGUCAUUAAUAAACUGAAAAUUCUACCUAAAUAGACAGAUCAUUAAGUUAAUAUGAAUUUGAAAUUAAAGAUAAAUAAAUAAGUAGGGACAGUCUAUUUUAAGAGACAACAAAACAAUUAGAAGAAAUCUAAUAAUAGGGUCCAGAAUUAUAAUAAGGGAUUGUUGGAAUAUUAAGUUUAAUUAAAAAAGAAAAAUAAGUAAUCUUAAACGAUAUGAAAUUAAUGACUAAAUAAAUGAAUAAAUAUAAACAAUAAUAUGAAGAAAUCAAUAAAUAGCAUGAAUUAUUGUAACAUAAAUUCAAAGUUUCAAAAGAUGGUACAGAAAUACAUUGUCGUUCAAAAGAUAAAAUUAAUGAUACCUAUAUAUAGAUGAUUUAAUUGUUAAGAGGCCUUUAAAUAUAACAUAUUGAUGUCUUACCAGAAUUAGAAUAUGGUUUAUCAAAUCCUAUUGAAGACACAGAUGAAAAUGUGAGAAUACCUGAUAAAGAUGAGAUUAUUAUCUUAUAAAAACUCAUUAUUAAAAAAUUAGUCAAAAAAAUGGAAGAUUAGAAAUAAUUAAACUAAAUACUCUAAACUAAAAUUAAGGAAUAUGAAAUUUGA